AUGGUGACCAGUUAUAUUACUCGAACAGCUUCUUUUUCAGCGGCUCAUAGGUUACAUUCUACACAUUUAACUGAAGAAGAAAACGCAGCAAUAUAUGGCAAGUGUAACAAUCCUCACUUUCAUGGUCACAACUACAAAGUGGAAAUUACAGUUAAAGGAAAGAUAGAUCCAAUUACAGGGAUGGUGAUGAAUAUGGUGGACCUGAAAGCGUGUAUCGAAUUAGCAGUUAUGGACCCUCUUGAUCACCGGAAUUUGGAUAUAGAUGUGGAAUUCUUUAAAUCGGUUCCUAGUACGGUGGAAAAUCUUGCAGUUUUUAUAUGGAACAAUAUUAAUCAUCACUUUCAGAAAGACCAUGCAGGGAAAUCAAAUACAGCCAAGUUAUACAAGGUCAAGAUUUAUGAAACAGAACACAAUUCAGUGGAAUAUUUUGGUGAAGAUGAUGAUGUUAUCAAUUAA